AUGGACACCAGAAACUACCCCAGCCCUCCAGACAGGCUCUCUGUCUUCUCCGAGUCUGCCCACUUGCCACUGUCCAGGCCCUUCUACCUGGACCCCAUGGUCACUGUCCACUUGUGCCCUGAGGCCCCGGUGCCACCCCCUUACAUGGAUGAGCUGCCUCUGUUGCCUUUUCCCAGCGAUACCCUGAUCUUGGACAAUUACGGGGAUCCAUACCCCUUCCCCUUCCCUAUGCCUUAUGCCAACUAUAGGCGCUGCGACUAUGCCUACGGGCCCACCUUCAUCCGCAAGAGGAACGAGCGGGAGAGGCAGCGCGUCAAGUGUGUGAACGAAGGCUACGCCCGGCUGCGGCGGCACCUGCCGGACGAUUACCUGGAGAAGCGGCUCAGCAAAGUGGAGACCCUCAGAGCUGCCAUCAAGUACAUCAGCUACCUGCAGUCUCUGCUGUGCCCGGAUGAGGCUGAGACCAAGAGGAACCCUAGAACCGCCAGCUGUGGCUCCUUGGAGCCUGCUCUGAAAGUCAUUUGA